AUGACUCAGGAGUUUGAAGCGCCUCCGGCUCGAUCGCGGGUCUCUUUACCAUCUCCCCGGGUGGCAGGCUACCACAGCUGAGCCAGGGGCUCCAGGAGGAGAACCCAGCUGGCAGGCUUGGGAGGCUUCUCGGGAUCCCACCGGGCACUGCGAUUUGGGCCCAUCGGGUGAUGCUGCCUCCGGGCUGAUUGCUGGGACAGAGCAAGAGACGCGGGGAGAGGAGCAAUGAGCAAAAAACCCAUGGAGGAUCCAGGCCAGGAGGAUUAUGAAGCUGAAAUGAGGAGCAGGCUGGAUGAAGAGGGCUUCAGGGACCCCAAACUGAAACAAUCAGAGAUGUCACUCGAUGAACAAGGCAGUUCCUCCUCAUUGGAUCAGACCCAGGAGGCAUCAGGGAGCGCGGGGUUCGCCCACCCAUCCACCUCCAGCCGGGGUACACAUGAGGCAUAUGUGGAGUUACAAGAACUGGUCAUGGAUAGAAACAACGAGCUGCGCUGGAUGGAGGCCGGCCACUGGAUCAAGCUGGAGGAGGACUUUGAGGAGGCAGGGCACUGGGGGAGGCCGCACCUCUCAUACCUGACAUUCCGCAGCCUGCUGGAGGUGCGCAGGGCCUUCACGAAAGGCACUGUCCUUCUGGACCUGCCUGAGAAGUUCCUGGCAGGCAUCACCAAUCAGCUGAUCGACCAAAUGAUCUAUGAAGGGCAGCUCAAACCACAGGACAGAGAGACGAUCCUGAGAACCCUGCUGCUACAGCACAGCCACCCAGAUGAGUCUGAAUCCAUGGGGACCCUUUUCCCAGGCCAACUGGAACGAGAGGGCACCAAGGACGAGGUCACCUCCCAGCCGCUCAUGCAGGAAUAUCACCAGAUCGAGAUGCAGACGCUCACGAGCACAGAACAGGAAGGGCCCCGGGGGCACGCCCCCAGGAAGCAGCUCCUCGAGAAGAUCCCGGAGGAUGCCGAGGCCACGCUGGUCCUCGUAGGCCGUGCCGCCUUCCUGGAUCACCCCACCUUGGCCUUCGUGCGCCUGAGGGAAGCGGUGGAGCUGGACUUGGUCCUGCAGGUGUCCGUCCCCGUGAGGUUCCUCUUCAUGGUGCUGGGACCCGACUCCCCGCACAUCAGUUACCAUGAGAUCGGACGGGCCGUCUCCACCAUGAUGGCAGAAAGGGGGUUCCGUAGGGACGCCUACCUGGCGGAGGAGCGCCAGGACCUGAUAAAGGGUGUGGAGGAGUUUCUGGAUUGCAGCAUUGUCCUCCCGCCCUGCGAGAUCCAGAACGAGCAGCUCCUCAGGAGCCUGGUGCCCAUGCAGAAGGAGCUGCUGCGGAAGAGGUACCUGCCAGACGAGAAGAAGCCGGAAAUGAAGAUCUUAAAGGAUCUAGGCCUGGCAGACAAGGCCCUCGAGGAGGAGGAUGACCCCCUGCGGCGGACUGGCCGGCCCUUCGGGGGCCUGGUGAGGGACGUCAAGCGCCGCUACCCCAAAUACCUCAGCGACAUCAAGGACGCCCUCAGUGCCCAGUGCCUGGCUGCCGUCAUCUUCAUUUAUUUCGCAGCCCUCUCCCCGGCCAUCACCUUCGGGGGCCUGCUGGGGGAAAAGACAAGCAACAUGAUAGGGGUCUCGGAGCUGCUGGUCUCCACAGCCGCACAGGGCAUCAUCUUCUGCCUCCUCGGCGCUCAGCCCCUGCUGGUGGUUGGCUUUUCGGGUCCCCUGCUGGUCUUUGAAGAAGCCUUUUUUAAGUUCUGUGAGAGCUACGGCAUGGAGUACAUCGUGGGCCGGGUCUGGAUCGGCUUCUGGCUCAUCAUCCUGGUGCUGCUGGUGGUGGCCUUCGAGGGCAGCUUCCUGGUGCGCUACAUCUCACGCUACACCCAGGAGAUCUUCUCCUUCCUCAUCUCCCUCAUCUUCAUCUACGAGACCUUCGCCAAGCUCAUUGCGAUCUUCCAGAAGCACCCCCUGCAGAAGAGUUACGGGUCCAGAGACCCGCAACCCAACACAGCCCUGCUCUCCCUGGUCCUCAUGGCCGGCACCUUCUUCAUCGCCUUCUUCCUGCGCAAGUUCAAGAACAGCGCUUUCCUGCCCGGCAAGCUCCGGCGCGUGAUUGGUGACUUUGGGGUCCCCAUUUCCAUCUUCAUCAUGGCGCUGGCUGACUUCUUCAUGAAGGACAACACAUACACCCAGAAACUUAGCGUUCCUAAAGGCCUCCAGGUCUCCAAUACAACUGCCCGGGGAUGGUUCAUCCAUCCGCUGGGGAAAAACAAAGACUUCCCAAUCUGGAUGAUGUUUGGUGCUGCCCUUCCUGCCGUCUUGGUCUUUAUCCUCAUUUUCCUGGAGUCGCAGAUCACAACGCUGAUUGUGAGCAAGCCCGAGAGGAAGCUGGUGAAGGGUUCGGGUUUCCAUCUGGACCUGCUGCUGAUUGUCGGCAUGGGAGGCAUAGCCGCGCUCUUUGGCAUGCCCUGGCUCAGUGCCACCACGGUGAGGACCAUCACUCACGCCAACGCCCUGACAGUGAUGGCCAAGGCCACCACCCCUGGGGAGAAGGUCCAUGUCCAGGAGGUCAAGGAGCAGAGGAUCAGUGGGCUCCUGGUGUCCAUCCUUGUAGGUCUCUCGAUCCUCAUGGAGCCCAUCCUGAAGCUGAUCCCGCUGGCUGUGCUCUUCGGGAUCUUCCUCUACAUGGGGGUCACCUCCUUGAACGGGAUCCAGCUUUAUGACCGCAUCCUCCUCCUGCUGAAGCCACCCAAGUACCACCCCGACGAGCCCUACGUCAAACGGGUGAAGACCUGGCGGAUGCACAUCUUCACGUUCACCCAGAUCAUGUGCCUGGCCACCCUGUGGGUGGUGAAGUCCACCCCGGCCUCCUUGGCGUUGCCGUUCCUCCUCAUCCUGACGGUGCCCCUGCGCCGCUUCCUGCUCCCCAAGAUCUUCAAGGACAUCGAACUCAAGUGUCUGGACGCAGACGAUGCCGACGUGACCUUUGAUGAGACAGAAGGCCGUGAUGUGUACCAUGAAGUGCAGAUGCCGAUCUGAGCCCCUGCUUUCUUGUGUCCUCCAUAUAAGGAACAGAGGGUUCCUUUCCCAGGCUUUUCAGAGAGCCCAGAGUCUGGGUUCAAAGAAAUGUGUGUGUGUGUGUGUGUGACACACAGACACACACACACGCCAAGGAAUCUAUGUAGCUACACACACACACACACACACACACACGCAUUACAUGCGCUUCCGAUUCUGUAGCACCACAAAGCAACUUUACAAGACUUCAAAACCUGACCUGGAGGACAAAUAGUGCUUCCAAGCUGCAUCCAGACUGCUAGAGAUGGGCACCCAAGACGUGGACUCCGUUCAGCGCUGGUUCAGCAGCUAAGUGACCCGGGAAUAUAUUUCUCUUUUUUUGUUUUCUUUUUAUGGCUUGAUCUGUUGUACCCACCUGCUGGGAUAAAGGGCCAGCUCUCCGGGGAAGAGGGAAUCUUGGCUCUCAUCUGCUUGCCCGGCCGUGUAUGUACCGCUACACAGACGGGCAUGUGGUCUGGUGCUCCCUUUUGCCUCAGCCCCUGGGUAGUAAUGAUUCCUGCCAGAUUUCAUUUUUCUACAGACCGUUAAAGAGUUAAUCCCACUGGCAGGGCUCUUUGCAGACCCUGGCCCUGGUGUAUGUAGCCCAGGGCAUACAAAGCAAAACAGUAAGCACUCAGCCAGAGUCCGAGGAGAUGGCUUGGAAGGGCUGCUUCUCCUCCCAGAUGAAGAAGGUGGCUCCAAAAGAGAGCAAGGAAGAAGGCAAGUGAGGAAAAGCCAAGGUGGAGAGGCAGCCUUUAGAAUCACCUUGUGGCCAUGGAACCAAGGGAGCACCAAGUGCCCGUCAAUCCGGGGUGGCCUCGGGCUAACAGAAUCCAGGUUGCCACGGUGGAGGGAUGGGGCUAGCCGAGGGAUCCAUCCUGCAGCCUUCUGCACAGGGAGGGCAGGGUGAGAGGGGAAGUCAGGCAGGUUUUGCCCAGGAGCCUGAGGCUGGGGUGAAUUCUCCCCGACCUCCCCUCCCACCAGCUUCCGAGCCCUUUCCCGGACAAACUUUGGUGCUAACCGGUCUGAGGACUCUGCUCAGACAGGACCCUAAGCUGUACAUGUUGCUCCUUUAUACUUAUUUCCAGGGCCUCUGGGGCACUUGCUUGGGAACUGAACCGGGCUCCCCUGGUUCGGGGCUCACGUUGCAGCCAGGCCUGAAAAAAAAUGUUACCGGAGGGGGACAAAGCGUUCGCUGAUGGCCCUGGGAUCUCCUGUGUGCAGGCAAAGUGUGGCUGUGGCUGGCACCAUGUCCAGCUCAGGACGAGAGGAUGGGGGUUAGAAUUCUGCGCUCUCAUCACGGAUGACAUGUAAUUAGCGCCUAUAACAAGUUACUUUAACAAACCCCUUUGCAGUCAAUAAAGGGCUGGGUAGAAACCGUGGCCAACCCCAGAUGCUCCAACAUCCUCACCCCCAGUCCCCAUAGAUCUCCCAGGGAAGGGAAGGGAAGGGAGCACUAGCUCCAGGCAGAUGCUGUAUCCUCAGCCUGGCCAUGUUACUAAGCUGUGUUCGAAUCCCGCUCGGGCAGGAUUUCCCCCAGAAUGUGGCUCCCUCUGACUAACACAAUACAGCAUCGCUGACCUUGGGCCAAGUGCUGAGUGGUGUAAGCAGGUGCAGCUGCCGCUGAGCCCCGCUAGGGUCGUGUUCACUUACACCAGCGCUGGAUUGGAUCCCUUAUAUAACCUGACACGGGUGCUGCUUUUCCUUACUGCAGCAAUUUCAUCUGGACAGUGGCAUGGGUGGGACGUCCCAAGAAGGGCUCAGAGCCUCCAACAAGCACAAUGAGAGUGGAGGGUGCUCAGCACCUUACGGGAUCCAGCCCGUGUUCAGAUCCUUUUCCAGCUGUGCAGAGGAUUGCACCUGCUCUGCCCUUUCUCAGCAUCCCUCCUCGAGUCAAGCCCUCCAACGAUCUAAGAGCCCAUGCAAUUCUGCAUCCAUGUAACUCUGCCAAUCAGACCAGACUAAGGCAGAUCUGAAUCAGGCCCUCAGUCUGUGAAACAUCACGAGCUUCACAAUCUUUGUUUGUAUGAUUUAGUUAGUGUAGAAUAAAGACUUCAGGCCAAAUCUUCAGCAGAUCUAAAUAAUCAGCGCUUCACUGACUUCAAGGAACCCAGCUGGUUUUCUUUUGUUUGUAUUAACUUAUCAUCUGUCCCGGGGAAUUCAAUAUGUAAAUAGGAAGAGGAUAAAUUUAUAUAUUUGGCAUUAAGAAAAUAAUGAUAAAAUGGAUCUUAAAAAAAGAGUUUUAUAAUGCUUUUGUAGUUAGAGUCUAUGUAAAAAGCAAAAAAAAAAAAAAAAAGAGCGGGUGAAAUGACCUGUAUAUUUUACACUAGUGAUAAAGGAUGUUUGUAAUUUAUUUUUUAAAAAAUGUAUUUAAAAAUAUUCUGAUUGUGCUUCUGCCUUGUAAAAGAAUGCUAGGGGAUGAGGAAGGGUAUAUGUGCAUGCUUGAAAGAAUCCCCCUUGCAGAAAGUUGGGGGGACCAUUUGAUAGUCUAGGAAGAGCCAACGUGUGGCUCUUGCAUGCUGGAGGCUGUGUGUGCCAGUCUAGGAAGGCUUUUUUAAAGGAUAGUUGUAGAGACAGAUUUAGGGACCACCAUGUCCACUUUAGUGUUUUUAAACUAAUAUUAAUAUACUUUUUUUUUUUUAAAUCCAUUUUGUUUUCAUUGAAACAUUCCCCUGCUGUGGCUGCCACCCAGCCAGAUUCUGAUCUGUUAGACCCAUACAAAUCUGGAGCAACUCCUUUGACAUCAGUAGAGAUGAUCUGGAUUCUUACCAGGGCAAGUGAGAUUAGAAGCUGACCCCACAGCCCAGCUGCUAGGGCAUGAGAACCAGGAAUUGAAAUUGACUAGAAGAAAUAAGGUUAAACCAACUAGUUGGUUGUUUCCCUCGCCGCAUUGUCUCUAAAAUGAGUGAAAUGCGAAAACAAACAAACAAAGAGCAUAAAUAGAGAUAAGUGGUAGAAAUUCUUUCAGGUAGAAUCAUCUCAGGGGUUAUUGAGAACGUAAAGAAGAAAUUUGUGCUUUAGAAAUUAUGAGCCUGCCUCAAAGCCCACUGAAGCCAAUAGGAGUCUCUCCAUUGACUCUGAUGGGUGUUGGAUCGCAUCCUCUAUGAUUUGUUGGGUUUUUUUUAAACCAGAUGAUGCCUCCUUUAUAGGGCCGGACCAUGCAAAGUGCUGAGCAGCUCCUGAUAGCACCUUGCGGACUCCAGCUGAUAGUUCUUAGUCCUGACACUCCUCUCCCUUACUCUGGUUUAAAGCAGGAGUAACUCCCCCUGAAGUCAGCAGAGCUGCGUAAGCAUAAAACUGGGUAAGGAGAUGGAGACUCAGGCUCCUUGUGUUUAGGUGGCCUCUGGGGGGACUGUCUUCUUUGGAGGAGAAGCCCCUCCAUGCACUGGAAGAAUGAAUGGGGGCAAGUAAGGGUGUGAGGUGAAUGAGGCAGCACCACCUACCUCGUUUAUUAAAUGCUGGAUUCACUAAGGAUUCUGGAUCUUUGGCAAGUUUUUUAAAAGAUAGACUUGAACAUGAAUUGAAUGGUGUUUAAAAAAAAAAAAGAAAGAAAGAGAAUGGACUGAUUCUGCUCUGUGUAACUCCAGCUUUACCCUGUGUAAUGCCACUGAAAUCAAGAGUCACACUGGCUUGGAACCGGAGUCAGGCCCAAAGAUCCCAGAGCUGAGCAAUAAAUGAUGUGAAUGGAACUCACUAAAGGGCUUAGAGUGUGUGCAUGUUACAGUCUUUUCCACAUGGGGAAGGUGGUUUUGCAGGAUUUGUUGCUGCCUGGUGCUGGUAGCAAGAGAUACUAAGCGUAAGUCCAAUUUUCAAACUGGAUACGCUCAGCUAAGGCACUCAGUUCUACAUUUGGCCUCUUGAACAGGCAGUUAGUUGCCUAAACACCCCUGUAAGGUGCCAAGUGAGCCCAGUUGGCUCAGAUGUUUAAGUGGCAGUGUGCAAGCCAGAUCUGGAACUGAGCACUGUGUGUGUGAGAGAGAGAGAGGAAACGGUGAUCACGUGUGGGAAUGUAUUUGUGUGUGCGAAAGAGAUUGUGUGUCUGUGCACAUGGCAGAAUUCUGUCUACUUAACUAUUGAUUAGACCAUGAGCAGAGGCUUUUCCCCUUGUGAGAAAAAAGGAUAGAAAGGGACCGUAGGACAAAGCUGACUUUAGUGUGAGAAUCCGGCCUGCACUGUACCUCACUCGGACCAUUGUUGUCUGGCCCGUGUGGCCCAAACCAAACCUACCUUGAGAUAUAUUGUGUUAGGAUUAUUCUGUAGCCUUGUCACCUGUAUGUCAGAACUAAACAGAAUGUUGUGUGCUUUGGUUUUUCAUGAAAUUAAAAAUAAUGCACCUCUGUAUGAUGCUUCGAAAAAAAUAAAAAAUACAUUUGAAUGAAAAAAA